GACGUACAGUAGCCUACAUAUUCACUCGUUUUGUAUGACACAUAUUUAAUACGAUUGCAUAUUUAAGACGAUUGCUUAAUGCAAAACUAACUAAGCUGUUAAAUGUUUCCAUGUCGGCUGCUGGCUCCGACCUAUUCAGUCAUUUUUCGUCGAGGGCACAGUCGUAGUAUUAGUCUAAUAUUGGCACAGGGAGUGGGGGUAUCUCCUGUGUCAGCACAUUGGCUGUAAUAGCAGUCGCGCUUCGAUAUUCCGAGAAACCGUUUGAAGCAUUCUUCGCUCAUUGAAACGGCAGCACGAAGAGAGACGGACAAAAUAUAUAUUGGAAAAAGUCAUACGAGCGUAGACGAUACUUAACAGGUGUGCGCGCAGAGCGGGAAGAAGUGGGCGCGUGUUGGGAUGGGAGAGAAAAGGAGGUCGAGGGUAAUUCAAUAUAGUUCAAACAUCGUGCGUGCACUGUGAAUCUAGCACGUACAGGAGGCAGAAACAUGGCUUUGGCCAAGGUUGGAAUACAGCUGCAGUUUCUGCUGUACUCUGUGUCAAGCUUCUCAUCUAACAAUUUGGAUAACAUUAUUCCAACAGCCUUGGUCCCACCGGAUGCUCUGAAUAAAAUUGAACCAUGUUGCCUAGUGACUCCGCCUCCUCCACCCUUGUUCCCGCCCCCUCCCAGCGUCUGGAGACUAGGUCAAGUGUUCCCAGUAUCUUUGGAGCCACAGGGAGGUAGAGUAAAAGAUGAAGAGCCAGUGAUGCAGCAUUGUCUACCAGGACCUCCGGGUCUCCCUGGCCCUGUUGGACCACAGGGAAUUCCAGGAAUACAUGGACCCAAGGGAGAGAAGGGUGAUAUAGGUCGACCAGGAUCAAAGGGUCACUCUGGUCAGCCAGGUCUUCCUGGUAGGCAGGGUCCAAUAGGGUGGCCUGGGCCUGAGGGAACAAAAGGAGAGAAGGGUGACCCAGGGCUGAUGGGAAUGCCUGGCAUGAGAGGUCCAUCGGGUCCUAAGGGCCUGCCUGGAUACAAGGGAGAGAAGGGCUCACGGGGGUAUCAUGGAAGUCCAGGUGUAAAGGGAGACAAGGGUGAAAUAGGAAUGAAAGGGGAGCCUGGUGUUUCAGGGCAGCGUGGGCCUUCAGGACGACCAGGUAGAAGAGGCAAACAGGGAUCUAAAGGAGAGCCUGGUGCAGUUGGGUUCAUGGGUCCUUCUGGCCCUGUUGGACCCAGUGGACAUCCGGGACCCCCAGGAGCUCCUGCCUCAGGCCUGUAUGUGAUGGGUGAGAAAGGUGAGAAGGGGAUGCCUGGUGUUCCUGGACACUGCGAUUGCAGCCUGAACAACGCUGGGAGUGCAGGUUUGCAGCGCCGUGGCAAAUAUGACAAAGUCUCAGAGAUAUUUGUGGUGAACAGUGAGGAGGAUCUGAAACAGCUCCACUCAGAGAAUGCGCUCGCCUUCCGUAAGGAUCAGAGAUCGCUCUACUUUAAAGACACAGAUGGAUGGCAACCCAUUCAUCUGCUCAACUUCCAGUCGACAGAGAGGGUGAAGGGAGGGUGGGUAUGUGGGGAUGGAGUGGUGGAGCCUCAAAAUGGAGAGGAAUGCGAUGAUGGAAACAAGGUGGUCACAGAUGACUGUGUGGGCUGUAAGAAGGCCUUCUGUGGAGAUGGAUAUCGCCAUGAUGGAAUUGAAGAGUGUGAUGGGAAGGACUUUGGUUAUCAGACCUGCAAGACUUAUCUGCCAGGGACCUAUGGACUGCUGAGAUGUACUGAGUCCUGCUCUAUUGAUUCUACUGCCUGCAAGUUGUUUACCUGAGCCCCUCAAAACACCUCCCACCCUAUACACACAUGCAUUUGCUCUCAUACACACUCACACACACACACACACACACACACACACACACACAAGUGCUUUAGCAUGCACACAGUCAGGUAAUGAACAAAGAUAAUGAGAAUACUGAAAGAUGAUAAGAAUGCUGAAUGUAAAUGCUGUAUAUGAAUAUGUAUUCAUUUCUUUACUUCCAUUUAAUUUUUGUUACAGAAGCAUGUGUGUAUUUGUGAACACUGUGGAUUGCCUUUCAUGUUUUUGCUGCAGUCUAGCGAGAAUGUGACCUUUUGCAGUCAGCCAGCAUUCACUGAGAUGUGAUGUCACUGAAAGGUGAUGUCACUGAGAAGUGCUGUCAUUUCCACACUAUCGCUGUGCUGCAUGGAAGUCAAAGUGAAAUGUAUAUAAAUAUUUACAGCAAAAGAAUGUUUGACCAUCACAUGCACUUCCUGAUGUAUGAUAAUGUAGCUUGGGAACUAAGAAAGAAUGCUGUUUAUUUUCUCUCAUUUUUUAUAUAUAUAUAUAUAUAAAAAUUUCUGCAAGAGGAAUAAAAUGGUACUCUGCUA